CCCCGCCGCGGGCUGGCAGAUCCGCGCCGGCCGGGGAGGCGAUCGGAGGCUGGCUGCGCCCCUGCCCCGCUGCCCGUCCUCGCAGAGACCCCCUUCUGGCCUGGAUAAAAUGGCAACCCUUAAGGAAAAGCUCAUCGCCCCUGUUGCAGAAGAGGAGGCAACUGUCCCAAACAACAAGGUCACCGUAGUGGGUGUUGGACAGGUUGGCAUGGCGUGCGCUAUCAGCAUUUUGGGAAAGUCUCUGGCUGAUGAACUUGCCCUCGUGGAUGUCCUGGAAGACAAGCUCAAAGGCGAGAUGAUGGAUCUGCAGCAUGGAAGCUUAUUUCUUCAGACACCUAAAAUUGUGGCAGAUAAAGAUUACUCGGUGACAGCCAACUCAAAGAUCGUGGUGGUCACCGCAGGAGUCCGUCAGCAGGAGGGGGAGAGUCGUCUCAAUCUGGUGCAGAGAAACGUCAAUGUCUUCAAGUUCAUCAUUCCUCAGAUUGUCAAGUACAGCCCCGACUGCAUCAUCAUUGUGGUUUCCAACCCAGUGGAUAUUCUUACCUAUGUUACGUGGAAACUGAGUGGAUUGCCCAAGCACCGUGUGAUUGGAAGUGGGUGUAAUCUGGAUUCUGCUAGAUUUCGCUACCUGAUGGCUGAGAAACUUGGCAUUCACCCCAGCAGCUGCCACGGAUGGAUUCUGGGGGAACACGGUGACUCCAGUGUGGCUGUGUGGAGUGGAGUGAACGUGGCUGGUGUUUCUCUCCAAGAACUGAAUCCAGAAAUGGGGACAGACAAUGACAGUGAAAACUGGAAGGAAGUGCAUAAGAUGGUGGUGGACAGUGCCUACGAAGUCAUCAAGCUAAAAGGAUAUACCAACUGGGCCAUCGGGUUAAGUGUCGCCAACCUCAUUGAAUCCAUGUUGAAGAAUCUGUCUCGGAUUCAUCCAGUGUCGACAAUGGUGAAGGGAAUGUACGGCAUCGAGAAUGAAGUCUUCCUGAGUCUCCCCUGCAUCCUCAACGCUCGGGGUCUCACCAGCGUCAUCAACCAGAAGCUGAAGGACGACGAGGUCGCUCAGCUCAAGAAGAGUGCCGACACCCUGUGGGACAUCCAGAAGGACCUGAAAGACCUGUGACUGAUGGGUUCCAGGCUGUAGAGAAGUAAAAACUGUAAAGUGAUGAACUGGGACCCGUCAGCCUUCACCAUGUACAAUGGGUCCCAGUCGGCUUUCUCCCUAAUAUGUGAUGUGAGCUCAGAAUUAAAGCCCAGGCCUGCUUAAUGCUUACAACACGAGAUCUAGAAGAAAUAAACUUAGCCACUGCAGUGUA